AUGUCACAAGUGGGGAACAACAGUAUCAGGCGGAAGCUGGUGAUCGUCGGGGACGGUGCCUGUGGUAAAACAUGUCUGCUGAUCGUGUUCUCGAAGGGCCAGUUCCCGGAGGUUUAUGUGCCCACUGUGUUCGAAAACUACGUCGCCGAUGUUGAGGUCGACGGCCGCCGCGUGGAGUUGGCCUUGUGGGAUACCGCUGGCCAGGAGGACUACGACCGGUUGAGGCCACUGUCGUACCCUGACUCGAACGUCGUGCUGAUCUGUUUCUCGAUUGACUUGCCCGAUUCUUUGGAGAAUGUUCAAGAGAAAUGGAUCGCUGAAGUGUUGCACUUCUGCCAAGGUGUCCCCAUUAUUCUUGUCGGGUGCAAAGUCGAUCUCAGGAACGAUCCGCAGACUAUGGCCACGCUGCGCGACGCUGGGCAGCAGCCCGUCGCACAGCAGGAGGGCCAAGCCGUCGCUGACCAGAUUGGCGCCGCUGGGUACUACGAGUGUUCAGCAAAGACCGGUUACGGUGUCAGAGAGGUCUUUGAGGCGGCCACGAGGGCCUCCCUGAUGGGGAAAAGCAAGAACAACGGUAAGACCAAGAAGACCAAGAACAGCGGAGACAAGAAGAAGAAGAAGAAGUGUCUAGUGUUGUGA